AUGGCCGCCAAGCUGCGCGUCAUGGGCACGGUGGAAGAGCAGGUGCCAGGCACCUUCGGGAAGGAGGCCGUGCCGCUGGGGGCGCUGGAGGACGAGCUGGUGCACGAGUCGCUGCCGCUGGAGGGCGCGUGGGUGGAGCGCUACGGCGGCUGGAAGGGCGCCGAGGCACGGGGCCGCCUGGCAGCGGCGGCAGGCUGCGCCGUGGAGGGCAUCGGAGCGGCGCUGCACCUGCUGGGGCAGGCGCAGCAGGUGAAGGCGGCCAGCUUCUUCCUGGGCCUCCAGUUCGCCGAGGACGGGACCAGGCCCGACGUCGAGGCCGCGAAGGAGCGCGACGACGUGGAGGUCGUUGAGAUACCGGUGGAGAAGUGCAGCAACAUCAAGGACGACGUACGAGACCCCAUUGACAAGGAGAAGGGCACCAUCUCGUAUGUCAAGGACGAGGGCUGCACGGUGGACUCACUGGAGAGGGGCAUCCUCUUCGUCUUUGGCCAUAGCUCAUGGUCUCGAUCCGAGGCGGUCGAGAAGUUCAAGGAGCUCCAGGAGACGUCGACCCGACGAAAAAGCAGGAGUCCUCCUGGGACGCCGGCGGCUGGGGCGAGGACAAGAAGUGGGGCGAGGAACGAGAAGAAGGACGACAAGAAGUGGGGCGGCGACAAAGGAUGGGGCGAGGACGCUGAUCCGCGAAAAGAAGGACGACGCGAAGUGGGGCAGCAAGGCCUGGGAUAG